AUGGGCCAGCCCCGGCCCUCCCGGGCGCUGCUCCUGGCCCUGCUGCUGCUGGCGGCGGUGCCCAUCCCGGCCCGGCCCCGCGGGCGCUGCCCUCCCCUGUGCCGCUGCCACCGGCGGCUGCUGGACUGCAGCCGGGCGCUGCCCGCCCUAGUCCUGCAGGACAACGAUCUGCAGGCAGUGAAGAGACAUUCUCUGGAGGGCCUGCUCCUGCUGAAGCACCUGGAUCUGUCUCACAAUCAAAUCCUGGUGAUUGAGGAAGCUGCUUUCGAGCCACUUCCCUUUCUGCAGCUGCUCAACCUGGAUGGAAAUCUGCUCACCCAGCUCUGGAAUGGCACCUUCCAGGCGUGGCAUGGGAUGCAGUUCUUAGAGAAGCUGGUCCUAAGCCAUAACCCCCUGACUGUCAUUGCUGACACAUCCUUCUUCAGCCUGCCCUCCCUCAAGUACCUCCCCCCAGAGGCCACCAGCACGCUGCAGGAUGCAGCUGAAGAAGCAGAAUCCUCUCCGGGUGGGCAUUUACCUGGCAUCCCCCACACUGCAGAAGCACACAGGAUGCAAGAAAAGGAAGGCUCCAGUUUCCCCAGCAAGCCAGAGGGCUCUGAGAGCCCAGGCAGGGCUUCUGCUGAAGGAGACCUCUUUGAAGCCAAGCUCCAGCACCGCCUGCGCUUGCUGGUCCCGGAUGAAGCCCUGCGCAGCUUCGUGGCAAGGGUGGCACAGGCCCUGCAGGGGGACUGCAGCCUGCCCCAGCUCCAGCCAGCCUGUGCCAAGCUGCUGCUGAAGGCAGGGCUGCUGAUAAAGCUGCUGAGCCAGAGGCAAGAGGAGCAGGGAGCCUGUGUGGUGGAAGGCAACGUUUCCAUAGGCAUGGCCGAGGAGGAGAAAGCAAUGCAGACCUCCAGUGACCUUCUGCUGUGGGCCCCAGCAGUGGCUGCUGUCGUCAUGGUUAACCUCCUGCUGAUCUGUCUGGCCGAGGUGAGCUGA